AUGUUCAACGCUUCCAAGAAACAUACGGUCAGGCAGGCAUCAAUUCCGGUACCAAUGCUGGCGCCAACCACAAGCACCCAGACGGCCACCAUUGCCUCCCAGACAGCUACAAAAGCCACCAAGUCGGGCACGAGCUCCGCCACACCGAUCAGCAGCACCACCACGACGAUCACCAGGGCGGCCACGAGGACCACCGAGACAGGCACGAGCUCUGCCACGAGCUUCGCCACGUCAAGCACUACAGCCACCACCGAGAGUGUGCUAACCGCAAUGAAUGUGCUGGUGAGUCCAGUGUUGGUGGUGGAGUCCGAGGAGGGCUUUUCUGCAGGGGACGCCGUCGUGAUCACUGGUAGCGGCAAUUCGGAGACACGUGACAUCAGGAAAUCUGGAUUCAUUGUGCCCAUCGCAUCAUUGGACUACGACGGAUACCCAGCGGGCUCCAGUAGCAUCAAGAUAGGCGGUAGUUGUUCGAGCAAUGCGCUAUCCUUAGAGGAGCAUCAAGAGUCCGAUGGAUUGGUUGCAGUCCUCGCUAGUGUCGCGAUCGUCCUCCUCGAUGCGUCUUGCUGGGCUUGGGCUGCCCGGUGA